ACUGGGGGCGGCGCUGUGGGCUACUCAAGAUGACACUCACAGCUAAUUCAUCUGCAUGAUGAACAAUCGUGAACAACACAUCAUUUAUUCGUAAAUAACGAGGAAACCUAUUGAAAAUGGAUCACUUUAGAGAUCAGAGUUUUAAUCUAGACUCCCCAUCUAAACAGAGUUAUGUUGGCAGUUUUUAUCAGCCACCAGAGAAAAUGUCAAGACCUUUGUAUAUGAACCCAGACACACAUCCGCUCAACAGAAAGAGCUCAGGUUUGCAGGAUAUCAGCCCACAGCUUUAUCAGACAGUUCCUGAUGCUGGAAGCAGAGCAGCAGUGAUUGCAGCCCUGAAAACACUGCAGGAGAAGAUGCGGCGCUUGGAACUGGAGAGAGUUCAUGCAGUAAAGAACGUCCAUCACUUCUCUCAACCUACUCGACACCAGGAAGAUGUUUCUGCAUCAAAGGAGCAAGAGCACAACAUGCGGGACAAUGACUCAACACAGAGGAAAGUGCUGGUUUCUAAGCUUCACUCAGCAGAAACGCGCUGCUCUCUCCUGGAAAAACAGCUCAACUACAUGAAGAGAAUGGUGGAGUGUGCAGAAAAAGACACAGUUACUCACACAGACAGAAAGGACUCUUUGCCUACGGAACACACACAUGCAGACCCACAAAUUCAGGCACAGCUCAAUAAGCUUGAAAGACUGGAAAAGGAGUAUCUCAGACUCACCAAUACACAGUCUGUGGCUGAGAGGAAGAUUGAACUCUUAGAACAGAAACUUUUAGAGGAGGAGCAUGAACGCAAACUUGUGCAGGAAAAAGCAGAGGAGUUGCAGCGAGAGCUUGAAAAUAAUAUUCUGUCCCUUUCUGCUGCGACUCAACCUAAAGGCAAGAAAAAGAGGAGAGACAAGGCCUCAUGCAAGAAGUCCCCUACAGCAAAGGUGGAGGCAGUCUCUGCUCCGAAGUCUAAACGCCUCCCUUUUGUGGCUGGAACAUCAACCAGUCCUAGCCACUCCGUCAAUGCUAAUGUUCAGAGUGUGUUACACAUGAUGAAGCACAGGAAUCCACGCCUGUGCGAGAGAGUGAGUGCUCUACAGAAGUCAAGCUCUGAAAAGCAACGCACCCAUCACAGACCUCCAUCCUCCCCCAGCAGAUCUGCUUCCACACUGGGCAGCCUCUCUGAACUCCUGCUUGCACUGCAGGAUGAACUGGGACAGAUGAGCUUUGAACACCAGGAGCUGGUCAAGCAGAUUGAUGAGACCUCUAGACGAGAGCUUCGAGAUGAUCUGGAACGAGAGCUGGACUGUCUGGUCAAGAGAAUGGAAGAGAAAGCGGCUCAGAUUUCCAAACUGCGCAAACAUCAGCAAACAGUCCAGAAACUAUCCCAGCCAUCCUGUAGCCCUAGACAGAAGCAGCAGAGGCCACAAUGGACCACUAGUGUAGACAACAAAUCCAGGGCAGAGAGUGGGGUACAACCAUUGCCACCAUCCCCAGUCAAAGCUUCAUCCAGCACGGGAACGAAACAGAGCCGGAGUGGUCAAGGGUCCCUAAAGCUCCUUAAAGAGACCCAAAAAUUGUGCUCCAGCCUUCGCAGACAAGACAUCAAAUGGGAAACAUAGGUAUAUUGUCCAAAAACAUGCAUACAAGUAAAAGACAAUUAAGAAGGGCAGUGGAAUGACAGCUUAAAUGCAGGAUUAGAUUUUACACUCAAACGUGUUUUUAAUUAAUUUAAUUUUUUAAUGAUUUCUGUUCAUAUUUUUUUGUUUGAAUAACACCUUGUAAAUAAAAUAUUUACAUGUUUUAAA